GGUCACGUGAGUUAUCCACACAAACUAGUGGCUAUACUGUACGUCGGCCAUCUUGUCAGAGUCAUGUUGGCCAAAACAUCUUGGCCAAAGCGGCCUUCAAACAUCAAAUUCGAUCUUUCAUUCAGUCAUUUUUAAAUUAUUAUCUCACGGGCUUCAGAAACUAAGGUAUCUAGUUGGAGUUCUAGUGAGCAAGGUUCGAGUUUAGUGAAGUUUACUGAAGAAAGCUUACAUAAUACACACAAGGGAGUGAAGAACAACUCGAAAUCAUGCCUCAAAGAGCUCGUCAUUCAAGGCAAAAGAGCGACGACUUUAAGCUUUUAGAAGGCCCUGAUAUAGAGCUAGAUGGGGUUCACUCUGGGAGCUUUUCUGACAGUCCUUCAUUGAGUUUUCGGCAGCCUAAACUCAGCUGUCUUGCUAAUCUUCGAAGAGCAAAGACAGUCCUCGAAGGAAGGGUACAAAAACUAACUCGACGUAUUCCAGUCAACCUCACAAUCCUAUCCAUUAUUGUGCUGUCUUUAUCCUUAUUAAUCCCAGUAUUUCUUGGUUUAGUGACUAUAUUUAAGUACCCAACAGUGGUAGAUAUAUCGUUGCAGUCGUUCCAAAUACCAAGUCAAGCUGCUUCUGAACACCAAGAUGCCUUCACAGUAGCAAAACAAAGGUCGCACGACUAUAAACUUCGUGUUCGACGUUCUGCUGAACCAUGGCCUAUCCCUCCUACAGACUCACCUACUUCUUCUUCUUCAGGAUAUAAAUACACUCAAUCAAAGAGCCGAUGGAAUAUCGAUUUAAUAUACAUCGCGCAAGGAGAAGAUAAAAAUAUGUUUACAACCGAGAGACUCAAAACAGCUCAGAAAAUCGAACAACAAAUCAUGAAGUUUAAAGGCUUUCAGGAUUUUUGUUGGAAAUGGAACAUAGCCAAGCUUGAUCCUGUCCUUUCCACCAGAUAUAAUGCCUGUACACCUCCCGUUUCUCUAGUAGACUUCUUUUUCCCAUCACGAUUUGGGAGGAUGUCCUUUUAUGAUGGGCAAGGAGAGACGCUGACAACUUCUUCAAUGCAUAAAACUCUGAAAUUUUUGCUUACGAAAAAAUUCACAUAUUGGUUCGUUGAUGGAAAUUUUUCGUCCGAAAAUCGUAGAAGUUCUCUUCUUCGAGCACAGAUUAAGUUUGGCUUCCCUUUAAAGGGCUAUAAUCUGCACGAUUAUAAAGGGAAAAAAGCCGAAGAACAAGACACAUUGUAUACCAACUUUAUGGUCAAGUUUAUUGAGUUUCUCAAGACAACUUCGACAGAUAAAGUCAAAGUACUCUAUGGAGGUCCUGAGGUGUUCGAUUACCUGGUCUCCAAGACCAUGUGGAGCGAUGUAAACAAGGCAAAAUACACCCUCAUCAUCAUCAUCAUUUUUGUCUUCAUUCUAACCUCUUUCUCCCUCUUCCUAACCUUUUUCGGUAUGCUCAGCAUACUUCUAUCCCUGCCAUGUGCCUAUUUCGUAUUCCGAGUGAUAUUUGCGAUUCCAAAUGUUACGAUUCUCAGUGGUGCAUCGUUGUUUAUAAUUAUUGGUAUUGGAGUCGAUGAUGUCUUUGUCUUUAUUAAUACAUUUGUCCAUGCAAAGAAGUCACAGGAUAUCAAGUCUAGACUGAUGCAUACCAUUAGUACUGCAGGAGGUUCUACCUUCUUCACCUCUUUUACUACUGCUGCUGCUUUCGGAGCAAAUUGUCUGUCUAAGAUGCCAGCCAUCCAUGAUUUUGGACUCUUUAUGAUGCUGAUUGUCAUCAGCUGUUGGCUGACAGUAAUCUUAAUUAUCCCCCCGACUCUCUUCUUAUGGUACCAAUACAUCCAUAAACUGGAAAAGCGUCUGUUUAGGUUUCUGUUUGGUUGGAUUCCUUUGAACUGUUGUAAAACUCAAAGUGAACUCCCAGGUGACAUUCAAAGGUUUCUAUCUGGGAAUGAGCCUUCUGCAAGAGUCAGUCAUCCCCCACCUGUUACAGACGAUGUCCCUCCCAUUGAAUUAACUGACGAUGUCUCUAACCUACCCCUCAAUAACAACAGCUUAUCACUUGACGACUCACUUGCUGAUAUUGGUGGCCCAAACAGUGAUGACUCUGAUUUACUGUGCCUAUCAGACGAUGCCCAAGACUCCGACUCCGCCCCAUUGCUUGGUGAUGAAAACACUCAUCAACCUCAAGAGAACACUGAAGACACUUCUGAGCAGUCUUGGCUGUGUGGAACAAGCCUUCAGCUAUGUCUUUUCUCCUAUGCCAAGCCUGUCCAUCUAUUUAGAUUUGGCCUUUUGUUAUUAUACAUUAUCGUUCUUGCAGGUUCUGUCUUUCUUGACACAAAAAUCACCCCUUCCGACAAGCCACCAUCUUUCUUCAAAGAAGGCUCGAAUCUUCAGCAGCUUCUUGACCUGAAGUACAACAUGAGUGGAGAUAACUAUGAUUGUAAAAUAUGCGACGACAUCGUUGAAGUGGCCAGUAAUUUCAUUAAUGGGCCACCUACAGCAAAACCAGUCCAUUCCGAGAAACCUAUCACUUUACCAUCAGAUGUUUUUACGACGCAGAAACCUUAUUCCCCAAAGUCAAAAAGGCCUUCUACUGUGCCGUUUGUCCUUCCAACAAAUGCUCCCAAAUCAACCUUGAAAACCACUCUCAGAACAUCUAGACCGACUACAAGACAAAGGCAAACAUCGUUUCCAUCUGCCAAUAACAAAUCAUCUGCAAUAACAAGACCAUCCACAAAAGUAGAUGUACCAAAAACCACAGGCAAACCAACCACUGCUGACCAUCAGCAAAGGCCUUUCUUCCAGAGAGAUGGUCAAAAUGUAUCACAAAUGGGAUUCAUUUCUCAAAACACAAGUCCAAGAUGUAGCCGAAUUACAAUCAGCCUUCCAUACUUCUAGUGACUGGGUCCAUAUGUACAUGGAGAUCGUAGCUGUCAAUGGUGCUAUAUAUGGCAUUGUGUUCUCCUUGGUCUUGUGUACUGCUGCUGUUAUAAUCUUUACUGGCCAUUUAGUGCUUUCGUUUAUCGUCAUUUUAACAAUAUUGGGUGUUCUAUGCUUCGUGGUAGCCAUCUUCUACCUCCUAGGAUGGCAUCUAGGUGCUAUAGAAGCCAUCUCGCUAUCCAUUCUUGUUGGUACAUCAGUAGAUUACUGUGUACAUCUAGUCGAUGGGUACAUCAUAUCCGGACGAUUUUUGCCCGACACCAGGAUGUCUAAUAAGGAUCUGCGUGGCUGGAGAACAGCAGCGGCAGUCUCCCACAUCGGUUCCUCCAUCCUCAGCUCUGCUAUGACAACCAUAGCAGCGUCCAUUCCACUCUGCCUCACUACCAUCCAACUGUUUUCCAAGUUUGGCCAAAUCCUUGCCAUCAAUACCGCAGUAUCCAUCUUUUAUACCCUAACGUUCUGUAUGGCACUUUUGGCCGUCAUGGCUCCCUCAAGAUUCCGUAGAAGUUUGAAGUCAAGACUUAAAGCUUUGAUUGGAGUCGCUAUUUUUAUGGGCUUGGCAUGUCUGUGUAUGUAUAUUGUAAGCCUAAAAGGGACCCCUAUACCAGGACCAGGAGGGAGCCCGCUUUUUGAUGUCUAGUUCUUAAUUUCGCAAAUAGACAACUCGGAAUUAUUUUGAAAUAGAGGCAGGAAACAGGAAGAUACAAAAGAAAUCACACUUUUAGGUCUACGUCUUUAUGCGUAUUGUUUUCCCAAUUCCGACCAUUCCACGUGUCAUCCCCACGAAUCGUGUUUAGGGGUCUGACACGUGCCUUGAAACUCAAUGGGAAAAAAGCAAUCGGUCUAAACUUUGAACGAAAUUCGAGUGAAUGACAAUUCCUUGUCUAAUAACUCUUUCUUAUUUCUUCUUAAUAAUGCUUACAGUGCAAAUCGAAAAACCAUGGGCACCUAGAAAUAUUUCAAGAAUGUUUCUUAACCAAUCAGAAGCGAUAUUGUUAUCUUUCCGUUAUCUUGUGGUUAGAAAGUCAAUUUUGAUUGGCCAAAGAACAAUAGAAAAUGCCUGGAAUGUUUCUAAGUGCCCACGGUUUUUCGAUUCUCUGUGUAAUAAUAGACUAAUAUUUUCAAGUAUCAUACUUAAAAGUAUGAGUCUAUUUUUUUUUACAUUCAUUUACUUAUAUUGCAUAACAUUCCUUUUGUAUCAAGAGACUGUUGACUCUUGUUCCAUAGGUUAGAUCAUCAUUCUAGCCUCGCACAUCAGAUAAUCUUGAAAAAUGUCUUUUUGCUUUAUUUUAUCGAAAUUUAUAGAUUGAAAUUAUAAUCAAGUUAUGCACCAAAAUCGGUAAAACGUUGCUAAAUUCUCUCCAAUGCGAACGUAAAACUUGGUUUUGGCAGAACUGUUUUAAUACAAAAAUCAGUUUUCUGUUCGGUCCUUACGUAGAUAGCCAAUCAAAUUCAUCUCCAGUCAAAAUGCACUGCUCGCGUUAUUGAGUGGACUCUCUAGAAUCAUGCGAAAACGCUACCAAAAUACUUUUUUUUGCCCAACAUGGCGGCUUGGAAAACCAGCGAUUACUCUAGACGUAGUUUAAUAGCGGUUGGUGAGAAGUUUCCAUUUUUCAAAUAAAGCCUUGUUCACACUACCGUCGUAAUCGUAAUCCUAAUCCUAAUUGCAAUCGUAAGCAGCGUUAAAACCCAGUUGGAAUCAAAAAUCGUAGUCUUGAGAGCCGUCGUAAGGUGUAUCGUAACAGCGUAAUCAUAAGCUAAGAUCAGAAGGUUUUGUUUCCUUACGACUACGAUUACGCUCACCUCACGUUCGAGUGUGGACCAAGAAAACGUAAUCGUAAUCGUAAGGAUUGACCUGAAGCUGGCAGGAAAAUAACAAGGAGGCGAGGCUUACGAUUCGGCUUGCGUCGCAUUCAUUUACACUAGAUCGUAAGCUUCUUAAGAUUACGACUAGGAUUACGAUGCUUUCGACGCUAGUGUGAACCAGACUUAAAUGGGCAGAGAUCGGUGGGUCUUUUUCUUGAUUCAAGGGGUUUUCUUCAGGUUCUCCGGUUUUCUUCUCUCCGAAAAAUCCAACACCUUGAAUUCCAAUUACAGCUGUGAGCUACCCACUUGUUUAACAAGGAAAUCAUAGUGAUUCUAUAAAAAGAACUUUUGGAGUAUACAGCUAUUUGAAAAAGGUUGGUGAAGGUUUUUUUGAAUGUUCAUACCAAGCCCGAACAGUCCUAUGGGCGAUGUGUGAUCAGCGAAUAGUCACAACAAUAUGAUUUUUUUUCUAAACUUUGUAUGCACUUUUUACUGGCAUAAUUUCUUCUGUGUUAACAUUAUUUACAUAUGAAUAUAAUACAUUUUAAGCUUGGUAAGCAACAUAUAACAAACCUUCACCUUUUUCGAAAUAGCUGUAUACUCCACGCAAAGUUGAAUGCAAGAGUUCGCCUUAGAAAUCCCUGGAGUUGUCCCUGAAUGACUCUUGGCCUUCAGACUUACAUGGGGAGAUAUUCUCUGUAAUAGGCUCCAUAUAAACUAGAUAAGAGACGUUGGAAAUGGAUUUUCGAAAUAGCUGUAUACUCCACCUAAAGUUGAAUGCAAUAGUUCGCCUUAAAAAAUCCAUGGAGUUGUCCCUGAAUGAUCUUGGCCUUCAGACUUAAAUGGGGAGAUAUUUCUCGUAAUAGGCUCCACAUAACUAGACAAGAGACAUUGGAAAUGGUAAUCGUAUAAGCUUAGAAAAUUGCAUGUAAAUAAGGUUUAUGCGGAUAGUGAAAUUUUAUAGAUAGGUAAUUACUGAUAUUUUUUCUUGUAAGAUAGUGUAAACUGAUUAAAAGAACGAAAUUCAAUCCAUAA